GAAGACAUCAACAAAUCGCUGGUCAAACACAACGAAGAACUGAAGAGACAAUUGGCCGCCAAAGACAAACAGCUAUCGGUUCUCAAGACAAACAUAUCAUCGCUUUAUAAGACAGCGAAGGCUGAGAUCGAGCGCAAGAAGCGAGAGAUGACUGCUUUGCGCGAAGAGUUGGACUCAAUUAUCUUCAGGAGAUUGAAGAGAUGUGACACCAAUUGUGACACAAAUACGGAUCAAUUGAAUGCCAUCGUUGACCACAAAGUGAUGUUUUGCGAUAAAAGUACCAACACUUCAGACAAAGACAUUCACUUUUCAGACAACAAUCGUCUCAAUAGUAAUCAUAAGAGUACUGAGAGGUCGACAAAAGUGGUAAACAAAGAGUUAAAUAGACGGGAAAGAAGUCGGAGUCGGUCUCGAAGAAGCAUUUCACGGGAACGACAGCCAAAUAGUCACCGAAACAGCGGCCAAAAGAACUCAAAGAGUUAUUCAUCGAAACGAUGCGAAGACAACCGAAGAAGUAGUGGCAGUAAAUCGACCACUGAUUGCAAACCAUAUACAAAGAUUCGCCAAAAGAGUUCACAUAACAGA